CAUUUGUUCAAAAUCAUGUUUAGCAAAUAUAAUGAAUUGAUUACUGAUACAGACACAGUACAUUACACUCUCUGUGUGACUCUCUCCACAGGUGUACACACAGCCCAGCGAAUGUACGGCUGUGAAUGGGAUGAUGAGACUGGAGCAACAAAUGGGUUUAAUCAGCAUGGUUAUGAUGGAGAAGACUUUCUGAAUCUGAAUUUGAAGGAUCUGAGAUGGAUUUCACCAGUGCAGCAAGGACUCAUCACCACACAGAAGUGGAACAAUGACAGAGCUAAUCUUGAGUAUUGGAAACAGUACUUCAACACUGAGUGCAUUGAGUGGCUGAAGAAAUACGUGCAGUAUGGAAAGAGCAGCCUGGAGAAAACAGUCUCUCCUCAGGUGUCUCUGUUGCAGAAGGAUCACUCUUCUUCAGUCACGUGUCAUGCUACAGGAUUUUACCCCAGCGGAGUAACAAUCACCUGGAUGAAUAACGGACAGGAGCAUCAUGAGGAUGUGGAGGUUGGUGAACUUCUUCCCAAUGAGGACGGAACCUUCCAGAAGACGAGCACACUCAGAGUUACACCUGAUGAGUGGAAGAAGAACAAGUUCAGCUGUGUGGUGGAACACAAGGGCAUCAUCAAGGAAGAGAAUGAGAUCAGGACAAACAAUGGAAAUUCUCUUCCCAUUGGCAUCAUUGUUGGCGUUGUUGCUGCUGUCGUUCUGUUGAUUGUCAUGGCUGGCAUUGGUUAUAAGAUCUAUCAGAAGAAGAAAGGCUUCAAACCUGUCAACGGCUCUGAUGAUGGAUCUAACAGUUCAGCUCAUGCAGAGAUACAUGCAUAAAGAUGUAAGUGAGACACCAGAUGCGUGAGAAGGAUGAAGUUAACCUGCUGUCAGUCUUGUGUACAAAAUGUCUCAUGCACAGGAUCACAGAUUUUUGAAUUAAAUACAAUUCAAAGUUUUUAUUUGUUUGUGGUGGGAUUGAUCUGACAAUUUUUAUUCAGCUGGUCUUCAUUUAUUUUACGAACAUUUGAGAUGUAGAAAAAUGGCACAUUGAUCUUAGGACUUGAAAGGUUUUGCCCUUUUGUGAGCUGCGCGCAGAGUUUCAGACACGCUUAUUUUAAUGACAGUAGAGCAUAGAGGAGAAAUACAGUGAGCAGCAAUAUAGAUGGAUACUGACAUCUUUCGUAAAAUACACUGUAGAAAACUAGAAUGAAGCGAAAUGUUUACGUUAUUGUAAAUUGGUAUAUGUCUCAUCACUGUCACGACUGCUAUGUUGAUCGGAACUGCACCCAAGAAUUUCACACACCAUUGCACUUGUGUAUAUGGCUGUGUGACAAUAAAGUAAUUUGAUUUGAUUUGA